AUGGUAGGGAUUCACCCUCCUCUUAGCCUUCUCUCUCCUCUUAAGAGGAAUCCCCUUGAUUGUAGUGUUGAAAUGGUGAAUCGUCUUAGGAAGAGGAAGAUGGUGAAUGCUCCAUGGGAAGAGGAAGAAGAGAUGGGGAAGGGGAUUGGAAAAGAUGGGAUUUAUCCAAAAUGGGCAACAUUUAUUUCCGCUAUUACCUCCCCACAAACCCCUAAACAGAAGUUGUUUACAAUCAAACAAGAGAGUAUUAGAAAAGAUGUUGAGCGUGCUUUUGGUGUGCUACAAGCUCGAUUUGCAAUAAUUAGACAUCCGGCUUUGGCAUGGAGUGUCGAAAUGCUAUGGAAAAUCGUGAUGGCGUGUAUUAUCAUGCACAAUAUGAUUGUAGAAGAUGGGCGCGAUAAUUACAUGAAUUAUUGGGAUCCAACGAAAUUUUCCACCGAACAACCCGAGAAUCUAGCAGGAUCAUCAAGGAGAAAAGCAACAACUUUCACCGUUACCCCUGGGCGUUAUAAAGAUCAAAAUUUAGUUACAAUGAUGGCUGCACGAGAAAAUCUUCGUGAUAAACAAAUUAAUACAUCUUUGAAGAAUGAUUUACUGGAACAUAUAUGGGCUAGGUUUGGGAGCACUUUUGUCAACUCACCUUAA